AUGACUGGCACCAUUUUCGGGUUCUGUAAGGCUAGGGUGAACCUUGCAAUCCAAGAAACUCCAAGGAGUCUUCCUAUUCUUCUUCUUGAGCUCGCAAUACCGACGGGGAAACUUCUACAAGACAUGGGAAUGGGACUUGUUAGAAUUGCAUUGGAAUGCGUAAAGCAUCCCAACGAGAAGACCAAGAUCGUCGACGAGCCGAUAUGGUCGUUGUACUGCAAUGGCCGAAAAUUGGGUUAUGGUGUGAAGAGGGAGCCGACAGACAAUGAUUUGAACGUAAUGCAAAUGCUGCAUGCAGUGUCAAUGGGAGCAGGUGUUCUUCCCAGCGAAGUGAUGACUUCGGAUCAUCAGGCGCAGGAUACUGAGUUGAUGUACAUGCGAACGCAGUUCGAGCGGGUGAUUGGCUCAAAAGACUCCGAAACAUACUACAUGAUGAAUCCUGACGGCAACAACGGGCCUGAACUAAGCAUCUUUUUUGUUAGGAUCUGA